AUGGUUAAAGGUAGAGUUUUAAAAUUGAUAAAUUUUGCUGGCUUAAGGCACAUGCGAUCACCGGCUUCCGCGAUGAACGGUUAUGUUACAAAGGGAGUGGUAAUAAAAAGCGAUGACAUGUGCGCAAUUCGGCAGGCUGCUAACCUGCUUGAAAUGGGUCAAGUCAUUGCUUUGCCCACAGACACCGUUUACGGUUUAGCAUGUAAUGCCAAUAAUCCCAAUGCAAUUCAGCGUCUGUAUGAAAUCAAAGGACGGGAAGAAACUAAGCCGGUAGCUAUUUGUGUCGCCGAAUUCCAAGAUUUACGUCAUUGGGGCAAGGCAGAUCAUCUACCGGAUGAGCUGCUUGGUCAGUUGUUGCCGGGAGCGGUAACAAUUGUUGUGAACAAAUCCGUUUAUUUGGAUAAUCCAUUUUUGAAUCCAGGUACUAAGAAAAUUGGUAUCCGCAUUCCAAACUUCGAUUUCAUUCGCAAUGUGUCGAAAUCUUUCCGGUUUCCUAUUGCUCUAACCAGUGCUAAUCGAAGCUCGGAAAAAAGUACACUGAACGUUAACGAAUUCGAAAAGCUCUGGUCUUCCUUGGGAGCAGUUUUUGAUGGCGGACAGCUUGGUUUGCAGGAAGAACAACGUGCCGCGUCCACGGUAAUCGAUCUUUCGGAGAAGGGAUACUAUAAAGUUAUACGUGACGGGGUUGCCGGAGAGCAUACAGUACGUGUAGUACAAAAGUUCGGUUUUCGAGAAGUAUAAUAAUGUUUAGUUCAAGUGCAUGAAUACUAAAUUGCCACAUAAAUUAUAAACUGUUUAGGUACCUAAA